AUGAAGAAGCGUUUUUCUAAAGUUUCAGAAAAUCAGUUGGAAUUGUUGAAAAAGAAAGGUGUAAUGCCAUAUGAUUUAAUUGAUUCUUUUGAUAAAUUUAAUUACACUCAACUACCGAACAUAGAAGCAUUCUAUAAUCGAUUGGAGGAGAAACAGUGCUCUAGACAAAUGUAUCAUCAUGCGCAAAACGUUUGGUCAGCAUUUAAUUGUUCAAAUUUAGGUGAUUAUGUAGAUCUCUAUAUGGAAACGGAUAUAAUGCUACUUACGGAUAUUUUCGAAACGUUUAGAGCAACCUGCCUGUCUACGUACAACCUUGAUCCGGGAAAUUACUAUACACUUCCUGGAUUUACGUGGGAAUGUAUGUUGAAGUAUACAAAUAUUGAGCUCGAAUUGUUGACUGAUAUAGAUAUGAUGAUGUUUGUUGAACGAGGAAUUCGCGGUGGUUUGAGUCAAUGUAUGAAACGACGUUCCACAGCGAAUAAUAAAUACAUUCUAGGAUUUGAUCCAUCCAAGCCUGAAGUGUAUUUACUUUAUACAGACAUUAACAAUCAAUAUGGAUGGGCGAUGAGUCAGUGUCUUCCUUACGGUGGUUUUGAGUGUUGUGAAACAGAUAUUGAUGUUUCGAUGAUUUUAGAUGACGCUGAUAAUGGAUAUUUCUUAGAAGUUGAUCUCAAAUAUCCUGCAAAACUUCAUGAUAAACAUAAGGAUUUACCUUUUUGCCCUGAACAUAGAUCAGCACCUAAUUCUAAACAGAGUAAAUUGAUGGGUACUCUUCAUGAUAAAGAGCGAUAUGUAAUUCAUUAUAGAACAUUGAAGCAGGCAUUAAACAAUGGGCUAAAAUUAAAAAAAAUUCAUAAAGUUUUAAAAUUUAAACAGUCGCCUUGGCUUCAAUCAUAUAUUGAUUUAAAUACCAAACUACGAAAGAAUGCUAAUAAUGAUUUUGAGAAAAAUUUGUAUAAAUUAAUGAACAAUGCCGUCUUUGGAAAAACAAUGGAAAAUAUUAGGAAACAUUCUAAUGUAAAGCUUGUUACAAAAUGGGAGGGUCGAUAUGGGGCAGAAGCUUAUAUAUCUAAACCCCAAUUUUAUUCUUGUACAAUUUUCAAUCCAAACUUGGUGGCCAUUGAAUUGAAAAAGAUGGAGAUAUUCUUCAAUAAGCCUUUGUAUAUUGGUAUGGCAAUCUUAGAUUUAGCUAAAACUGCAAUUUAUGAUUUUCAUUAUGGCUAUAUGAUUCCACAGCUGGGUGAUGAUUCUACCGCUAUCUAUACAGAUACUGACUCGGUUAUUUACGAAAUUAAAAACCAUGAUCCCUAUGAAAUGAUAAAAAGAGAUUGUCACAAGUAUUUUGAUACCAGUGAUUACCAUCCUUCUAAUGUUUAUAAUAUACCUUGCGUUAAUAAGAAAGUGGUGAUGAAGGAUGAAAACAAUGGAACUCCUAUGACUCAUUUUGUAGGAUUACGAUCAAAAUUAUAUACGUUAAAAAUAGCAACCCCUCUAGAAAAACAAACAAAAUCACUUGAUGAUGCUAUAUUUAAUCAUGGGAAUAUUAAACAAGAAUCAAAUAAUCUUGGGUUAACAAAAAAAGCUAAGGGAGUUAAAAUGUCAGUUCUUAGUACGAAAAUAACAUUCGAAGAUUAUGUUGAAUGUUUAGAGGAAUUUAAAGAGAUAUCAGUUGAUCAAAACCUCAUAAAAUCUGAUAAACUUAAGCUUUACACCCUGUAG